AUGAGAGUCAACAUUCUUCCUCUCAGAUUCCUCUUGAUUCCUCAGGAGGGAUCUCGGAUUGUCGCCAACAGAGGAGUAUCAACAUCUAUCCCCUCGUAUCGAAGUUCGAUUUCGAGUUCACGUUCAUGCACUCGUCCUACAGCAACUACAUUUAGUUCACCAUCUCUCCGUACUUCUUCCUCUCUUUUCUCUUUCGCACUGAGCCAUAAUGUGAUCAAACGCUCUUUUCAUCCUUCAAAACCUAGAAAAGAUGUAUUCUUCGUAGCGUUUCCAGCGUUGAAGAGUGGUUUACUCAACAUCACAAGAUUCAGUUUGUUGUUCUUGCCUUUUGUGUUUCGGUACAAGUUAUGGAAGAAAUACAAGAAAACUUCUUAUGCUUUGAUACAGAUACCGAUUUUCGCAAUUUGUGUUGUAUUGGCCUUGGGGCUAGAUCAAAGUCCUAGAACUGGAAGAUGGAGAUUAUUGCUGAUGUCUGAGAACGAAGAGAUGGCAUGGUCACGUCGAAAACAACAAGAAGUGUUACGUUCUGAUGGACUAUUAAUCCUUCCGUCCGAUGAUCCACGUUCAGAACAAGUGUCGAGAAUAACAAGUAAAUUAAUUACAGCAUUGGAAGAACAAGAUCAUCAUAUCAUACAUGGAGCUUCUUGGCCACCUCGAUCACAGGAACUAUCAAGGGUCAUAUCUGAAAGAGAAGCUGAAUUUGGUUCGAAUAAAAGAGAAAUACAUUAUACACCUUCUGGCACGGCUCAUUCUACUUUUAUGCCCUUUAGACCUAUAACUAGUAAUCCUCUCAAGAAGUUGGAAAGUGCGGAUUGGAAUUUAUAUGUCAUUGAUUCACCACAAAUGAAUGCCUUUGCGCUACCCAGUAAAGACUUGUUCGUCUACACCGGUCUCCUGAAUACCUUGCCAGAAGGAGACGAUUCCAUGCUGGCUGCUGUAUUAGCACAUGAGAUAGCUCACGUAACUCAAAGGCAUAGUGUGGAAAAUUUAGGUUUCUUGAACGUGGCUGCAGUCGCUUUUGACGUUUUAAGAGGAAUUACUUUCGCUUUGACUAUAUCAUUCCCUAUGAUUACCGAUACGGCGGGUCUAUUCAUCAAUUGGGUCAAUGAUGUUGUAGCUGAACGAGCAUACUCGCGCAAGCUGGAACAGGAAGCAGACGCUGUCGGUCUAGAGAUCAUGGCUACAGCCGGAUACGAUCCUCGAGCAGCUCAAGAUCUUUGGGAGCUGAUGGCGGCUGUAGAAGCCGAUGCUGAAGCUACUGGACAAGCGGUAAGGGCAGAAAACAAAUUCGCGAUAUUGAGAACGCAUCCUACGAGCGAGGCAAGACAAGAGGCACUAGCAAAAGAUAUGCCCUCAGCCUUGAAAGUAUGGCGAGAUCAUUUACCUAAAAGAAAAAGUCCAAAUGUCGCGCCGGUCCAGAUCCAACAGAAUACAUCUGCGGCCAAAGAAGCAAAUUUGAAAGAAGCUCAAUCCCUUGCAGCGUGA